AUGCCUCGAGGCGUCUCUGAGGACGCGGCCAAAUGUUGUAUACACCCUAGUUGGAUCUGUCUUGCAAUAUCGCGCGGUGUAAAUAGCACUCAGCGAGUAGUAGAUCACAUCAACAGUCAGCUCCAUGCCCGGUGGGAAAUAUCUUCAUCAUUGCUUGCAAAGACCCGCGAAACCGGGGUUGAACCCGACUCAAAUCAUGGUUCGUCUUAUUACAAACUCGCACUCGCAAAGUACCACUAUGGAAAGCACCGCUCGCAAUCAGAGGCGACGGAGCAAGACAUGUGGUUUCAUGCGAGCUUCAUGGCUCCCACUCUCGACUUCCUAUGUAACCACGAAGUUGUCCUUCAUCUCAGAAUUCAGGAAGGUCAUCUCAACCUUGACCACGUCCGGGCAUUUCCUUUGACAGCAGCAGACCACUCACAGAAUCGGACCAUAUCUCCCUUAUCUGUUAUGUUCCGCAUACGGUUCGAAGUGAUCGGAGUCACAGACCGAAGCGCAGUUACUGGCGAAGGGCGAAGCACCGUCAAUAUGCUGGUCCUCAGUUGCAGGGAUGCGAAGCUUACCAGGUUUUCUUCCGAGAUAGCAGACAGUGAGAAACGAUCUCUCGAGACGUAUCUUCACGGCUACCUUGAAUUCAUUGAGGCUGCGGGCCAUCACGUUCUCGCCCUACCGCCAAAUUUUAGCAUCAGGGCUCUAAGCGCUGAUAUUUUUGAAUUCUUGCAAACUGCAGGCAUUCCCCCCGGUGUUGCUGAAGUUCGUGCAAUGCUGGUGGAGGCCCAGAACAGCCACUCUCAGGCUUCCGACUAUCUUACAGUCUCGCUUGCCGAUUAUCACGGCAAGUGGGCCCAGGAUGGCAGGGAUGUCUACUUCCACCUUAAAUUCGGUUCCCCGCAAGGCGCUGCCCUGUGCGACGACGAUAUAAUAGUAUUUUUCGCUGUCGACGAGAUCCUUUUCUAUGAUAUCGAUGACUUCCAAGCAGCGCCGAUUAAGACCUACAGCAAAGGCGAAGCAAUUCGAUAUAAGAUCGAUAUGCGUAGUGAAUUAUUUAUACCACUGCCAGGUGGCCGUUAUAUGCACCAACGCUCUACCUUCAAUAACUACGUUGAAUCUGACGAAGACGAUCUGUACUACAUGAGUCAUAUCAUCUACUUCAUUACGGGUGACUAUCUAGAUCUCCUUGGAAAUGCCCAAUACGACAUUAUCCAUCACUACAACGCACUUUGGCCGGAAAUCGAUAGCUCCUCAGGCGGACCCCAAACUAGUGCAGCCGAGAGCGGGCGGGCCGUGUCGGGGACUAUGCUCUGGCAUGACAUAAUCCAGAAUAGUGACCUGUUCGGCUUCGACCAGAUCAUAGCUUUCCCCCAGGCUGCAAUCAACACAUACUACCGUCACAGCUGGACCCAAGCUCAGGCCACCACCAGCGCGUCCGUUGCUGAUAGGCUUCUCUUCCAGUGGAAGUUCAAGGAGUGUUUCCAGGCCGAGUUCAAGCCGCUCAUGGUGCACCUGCGCGAGGAUGGUCGGGCGGUCGUUUUCCUCCGCCCUAAGUACGGCUCCUUGAGAUAUUUAAGUAGCGAGGUCCAUGCUGAGUACAGAUCUGCCCGCACUUUUUGCUAUCAGUGGUGCUGA